GAGUAUAUCCAAACCUGGCUGCUUUUACUUCCCAUUACACAGCCCGUCUGCGGAGGAGCUGUGGAGGAGCUGAGGAAUACUAAUUCACUUUGGUGCUCGUGUGAGAAGAAGCCGCAGUGCUGAGAGAGAGAGAGACACUGACUGACUGACUCUCUCUCCCUCCGCUUACACAUCUCCGCUCUGUGAUUGUCUUUCCCUGCCACUCUGUAGUUGGGCUGUAUGUGUUUCCCGGCCGGUGAGCGCAGAGAGCGGUGUGAGAGCAGAGCAGAGCUGGGAAAGGCUGCCUGUGAUGUGAAGGACGUGCGGGGAGUUUGUUCCAGAAGAAAGACGUCGUGUUUGUAAAAGCUGGGACAAAAAUAACCUGAAGAAGCAUCACGGCGUGACUGGGACACUGACUGCUUUACUUUCUCAGCGAAGACACACUGAAGGAAGGGACCUGCCUCGGACCGGUCUCGGAGGCAACUUCUGACAAUGGGAUUCCAGGAGUACUGAAGAGAUUCUGACAAAAGACAAGGGAAGAGGGGAAAGCGGUGAGAACAAAAGAAGAGGCUUGCUGGGGAGCUGGGGGCGCUUCUAGGGAAAAAAAAAAAACAAGAAAAGGAUCAGUUGUUUGGGGCUCGGCAGGGGGUGUGCAUGCUGCCCCCUCAACUGGACAGUCUUCUUUGUGCCAGAGCGAGACAACAAAAGCAAGUAUGCGCAAUAAACUGAGCAAGUUCUGGGAUGCAGGCUGCUGGCCCAUGCUGAGGCUGGGAAGCAGGACUAUAGCGCUGCUCCUGCUGACCGUCAUGCUGCCGGCAGCUCAGGCUUCAUCACCCCAGGGAACCUUGGAGGUGCUGGGGGACAUGGCACAGCUGGAGGCGUCCAUGCACUCGGCAGUGCUCUCCGACCUCCAGGAGGCGCAAGCAGUAGUGUCUGCAGCAGCGCAACCGAGCGGCUUUCCAGAUUCCUCCGCGGUAGUGGGAAGGAUGUUCCAGAUGCAGAUCCCCAUAAAAGCCAAGGAUUCUGGGAGCCUAGUGAAGAUUACAGAGGCAGGCAAAGAUACGCUCCCAUCAUGGUUGCACUGGGAACCAAUGAGCAGCACCCUUCAAGGACUUCCUUUGGCGGUAGACAAGGGUGUCCACUACAUAUCUGUCUCCAUUGCUAGUGCGCACCAUGCGUCCCAGAGUCCUGAUGUAUUUUCCAUUGAGGUUCAUCCAGAGGAACGUGCGGACACGGACCCUGUUCAGUUAGCGAGCCAGUUAACUGACAAUGAUUCUCAGCAUUUUGUCUGCGGCAAUGAAGAUCCUGUUACUGUGCUUACGGUAAUUUUGGAUGCAGACCUCACUAAGAUGAGCUCCAAACAGAGAGUGGAGCUUUUGGCCAGCAUGAAAAAAUUCUCAGGAGUAGGGCUCCAGCACAUGAAGGUCUUGCCUGUAGUCAACAAUCGCUUGUUUGAUAUGUCUGCUUUUAUGGCUGGGCCAGGAAAUGCCAAAAAGGUUGUAGAAAAUGGUGCUUUAUUAUCUUGGAAACUUGGCUGUGCCCUGGAUCAAAGCAACAUUCCCAACAUUAGCAGCGUUCAAGUCCCAGCAAAGGAAGGGACAAUGUCAGCACAUUUGGGAUACCCAGUGGUGGGAUGGUACAUUGCUAACAAAAAGCCACAUAUACCUAAACGAGUACGGCGGCAGCUAAAUACCCCUACGCCCGUACCGUCCUUGCUUCCUCCAACAACGUACCCUGAGCCAUCGAGCCGCAUUGUGCCCACACCAACGUCCCGGUCAAUUGGACCAACUUCAGACAGCUCCUCACAACCUGUGCGGGGCCCUGUACCACUGCCUGUGAAACCCACGAUUCGCACCAGAGAUCCAAUUGCUCAUACUCCUACAAUAGGACCACCUCAGCCCACAAAACUUAUGGACACGACCAGCACUAUUACAAUACAACCCACCAUGACCAGGCCACUGUAUGUUGGGCCUUCUGUAACACCACCGACAACAACCACCAAGAAACCAACAAAAAGGCCAAGGAAGCUCAAGACCACCCCAGUACCAAAGGAACCUAAGACAACCACAGCCAAGCUCCCCCGACGUCCCACCCCCUCAGUACAUGAGGUCAAUACAAAACCUGAGCUGCGCAACCCAAUUGAUCAAGUUAGGUCAUUCAUUGGCACGUACUUUGAGGUGAAAAUCCCAUCGGACACAUUCUUUGAUCAGGAAGAUGGUACGACGGACAAGUUAAGAUUAACUUUGAGGAAGAACAAUGACGUUGUUGGAGAAGACUCCUGGAUUCAGUUCAAUAGCACUAGCCAGUUGCUUUAUGGAUUACCAGACUGGAAGCAGGAGGGCAAGCAUGAAUACUUUAUGCAGGCAACUGACAAAGGUGGUCUGUAUGCAACAGAUGCCUUUGAGGUCCACGUCAAUCGCUUUGGAAACAAUUUUAAGUCCCCAGUCCUGUUUGCUGCACGAUUCCAGGGAGAGCCUCAUUUGGUUACCAAUGAUAUUCAUAAGAAGAUCCUACUCGUCAAGAAAUUGGCCAUUUCGUUUGGUGAUCGCAAUUCAAGUUCAGUUACACUGAAAAAUAUUACUAAGGGAUCCAUUUUAGUCGAGUGGACCAACAGCAGCCUCCAGCAGCACCCGUGUCCCAAGGAGCAAAUUCAGGCCAUGAGUCGAAAGAUCUCUGAUGCUGAAGGCAAACCUUCACCGUUAUUCAUCAACGUCAUGGAACCAGACUUCCGACCCAUAAAUAUCACUAUCAAAGGAACCGAGAGCUGCCGCAAUUACAUGUUCGUUCCACCAGGUGAGAUCCCAGACCCUGUUCUGCCUGCUGUUACACCACCUGUCGGAGCAGGACGACAGAGCAAUGACGACGUAUAUCUUCACACAGUCAUACCAGCUGUGGUGGUUGCAGCGAUCCUGUUGAUUGCAGGCAUCAUCGCCAUGAUUUGCUAUCGCAAGAAGCGCAAAGGGAAGCUUACCAUUGAAGACCAAGCAACCUUCAUUAAAAAAGGAGUUCCCAUCAUUUUUGCUGAUGAACUUGAUGACUCUAAGCCACCUCCAUCAUCAAGCAUGCCCCUUAUCCUCCAAGAGGAAAAACCUCCUCUCCCACCACCUGAGUAUCCCAACAUGGCCAGUCCAGAGACCACACCUUUGAACCAAGACAUUUUGGGAGAGUAUUCAGGCCUACAAGAUGAGGACCCUAAUGCGCCUCCUUACCAGCCUCCACCCCCCUUCUCUGCUCCCAUGGAGGGUAAAGGGUCCCGCCCUAAGAACAUGACCCCAUACAGAUCACCACCCCCAUAUGUGCCACCCUAAUGUUUUUAGAUCCCUCCAGUGUGGAGGACAGGGAACUUGUGCAGUUCCAAAACCAGUGUUGUCACUUUGCAUUUUUUGGAAAUCGGAGGGGCAUUACAAUUUGGGACAUUGGAUUGGGAGGGUUGGGAUGAUUUUUGGUAAAACUGGACUUUUUUUUUUUUUUUGGAGUGGUGAUGGUGGAGGAGGGGGUGUAAUUAGGUAUAUAAUCCUCAAAGACAGCAACAACAACCUCAGCCUUUGGCUGUCUGGCUACUGCUGAUCAGUUGGAAGAUGCACCCUCCGAUCCUAGCGCUUUUGUGUCUAGAUGGGCUUUUUUGUUUGUUUUAUCAUUUGUAUUUCUUUUUGAAUUAUUUCAAAAUCAAACUACUUGCCUAACAGCACUCUUUUUAUCUUCUGAACUUUUUGAAUAAUACAUAAAGACAAUAAGUAAAGUGACUGCAGGUGCAAGUGUUUUCAUAGUGACGUUCUACAAAUAAGGGGAGGAAAACGUGACCUAGCAGUACAGUGUGCAGACAAUUAUGGGCUUGUUUGAUUCAAUAAGGUUUGCCUUUUAACAUUAAUUGUACUGUUUUUACCCUGAUUCACAUGUCUAGUAAAGAUGAGCAUAAGAGGUAGCCAAAAACCUUGAGGGAUAUAUAUAUAUUUUUUUUUUUGGUGGCUGUCAAAGCAACACUGGAGGAGGAGGAAAAAAAAACUUUUUUCAUAUCCCUGUGUAAUGGAUGAGUUAUGCUGUGGGUAUGUUCUGGAUAAAUGUUUGAGGAUGUAUGUUUCUGUCCCUAUAGAGAUUCAUGCCAGAUCUAGACAUGGAAAUAUAAUUGUGCCAUUCUGAUUCCCCCCCCCCCCCAUUUUAAAGUGCUCGAACCUUUGGCGUUAUUCAGUUUUUAUGUCUGUCUCAGUUUUUAGUAAGGAUACAUGGCAUGAUGUAGCUGCUGCCCUUUCAAGGAAACGUAAACGGGCAAAGUCUGAAUACGUACAUCUCACAGCAGGAAUUCGCUACUCAUUUCCCCUUUUCAUACUCAUCAACAUUGUUUUGAUUAAAUGAUUUGAGAAUCUCACAAUCUAGUUUAAAUUUUCAAAUGAUUUGAUCUUUUUUCCUGUUUUUUUUUUUUUUUUUUACUUUUCAAUAAUGAUUAUCGAGUGUAUGCCUUGACUCAAAAUAACUGAAAAUAAAGACUGAAUAUUUUAAUAAAGAAUCAUUCUCUAAACAA